AUGGAGCCCAGACAAAUACCCUCUGUGUUUCCUUCUUCCUUUUUCUCUUUCUCUUCGUCCUUUUUCUCGACAGGGUCUUCGGCUGGCUGUACCGUAUUGCCGUCGAAUAGCUCUGCAGAUCUGUCGUUCACCAACCAGAAGAGGUUCCAUUUGCAGAGCGAUCAAUACACCGUUCCGUCGCACGCUAUUGUCGCACCUCUGACCCAACAUUUGAUCAAUUUAAACGGUACUGACCUUCAGAGGUUCAAUGUCACUGGGAAUCCUGUGGAUGUUGGCGCAUACAACUCGCUCAGUUUGAAUACAGGUGAUAUUGCCUUUGUCAGCUGUGACACGUCUCUGUACCCAGGCAAUUUGGAUGCCAGUGCAACGGUAUCAAAUCUUCUUACAGCGCAAGAGAAGGCAUCCGCGGUUCUUCUGUACAGCAAUUCUGCUUCCCAUUGCAACUAUACCGUGAACAACGACGCUGCCGGCCAAUAUACCAACGUUUUCACCCUUUUGAACUCAGCAUUUGCCGAAUCGCUUCGGGUUCAAGUCAGUAAGCAGAACGGGAACGGCUCUCUCAGCAUUGUCUACAACAUGUCCUUCGUAGGGACAGUCACCCCGUCGACCCAGGACGGGUCAACGGACAGCCCCAAUACUGCCAUGAUCAUCCUGUACAGCAUCACUGGCAUUAUUACUGCGCUUUUCUUAGCGAUCAUUAUUACCGGGGCCGUCCGAGCCCAUCGUCAUCCGGAACGCUAUGGCCCCCGGUACACGGCGGGGCGGCCUCGACAAAGUCGAGCGCGAGGGAUAGCAAGGGCGAUGCUGGAUACGAUUCCCAUCGUCAAAUUUGGGGAUAGUUCUGACCCCAAGACAGACCCCGUCAAGGGUGAUGUGGAGAUGUCUCUCGGGACCGAGGAGGAAGGGGUCAUUGAGCGUCGAGAGGCACCCGCUGCCGAUGGAUCUCCUCCAUCUGUGACCGGUGGCCAGCGGAAUGAUGAAACCGAAACCGCCAAGGCUGAAAACGACUCCGAACGGCGAGGCACAACGACGCCCGCGACAGAUACGGAAUCGCCGAACGAACAUCCAAACUUUUCUUGUCCAAUUUGCACGGAUGACUUCAUCAAGGGUCAGGACCUCCGCGUGUUACCCUGCAACCAUCAAUUUCACCCUGAAUGUAUCGAUCCUUGGCUGGUCAACGUGUCUGGCACUUGUCCAUUAUGGUAUGUUGCUGAGGAAGAACACGAGCAGGGAGAGGGUGGCAACAACAACAACAACAACAACAACAACAACAACAACAACAACAACAACAACAAUACAUCUCAAGACAACGCGACUGCACCAGCAGCAGAUGCUACUUCAAGUCGUCAACAUCGCCGGAUAUCUUCCUAUCUGCACGGCACCUUGAACGCCCGCCGGAUGCGCGAUGCUACCGUGGAGGAAAGGCUUGCUGCGCUCCGAAGCGUACGGGAGGAAGCCAGCCGGGACGCUAGCAACGAAGAGGCAGAGCGUCGACGCAAUCGACUGACGGCACGGUUACGCGAGCGAUUCCGUAUACGAACACGCACACAUGGGGUCGAAGCUACGGCGCAAUCAUAG